AUGACUCUCUAUUACAGUCUUACGUUUCUUCUCUUGGUGUUUGAGAUGGCGGUCUUCAUGGCCCUCAUUGUGCCUCUGCCAUUCACCAUCAAGCGGAAGCUCUUCGCCUUCAUUUCGGAGAGCCCGAUCGUAGCCAAACUCCAAUAUGGCCUGAAGAUAACCUUUAUCUUCAUCCUCAUCCUGUUCAUUGACAGCGUUAACCGCGUCUUCCGAGUGCAGCAGGAGCUGUCUGCAUUCUCGAAGGAAGGCAACGGGAUCGGCGCCGCCCACCUCGGGACCGACCGCAUGGAGGUUCAAGCCCGCAAGUUCUACUCCCAGCGGAACAUGUACCUUUGCGGUUUCACCCUGUUCCUCUCUCUGAUCCUCAACCGCACUUACACCAUGAUCCUGGAGGUCCUGCGCCUUGAGGACCGUGUCAAGCUGCUCGAGGGUGACAAGCGCGCUGGUGGCAAGGAUUCUGCUCGCGUCGCCGAGGCUGGCUCCCUCGGUGAGAUUGGUCGCUUGAAGAAGGAGCUCGAGGCCAAGGACCGCGAUAUCGAGACCCUGAAGAAGCAGGCUGAGGGCCUGUCUUCUGAGUACUACAAGCUCGGUGACCAGGUUUCUGGUAAUAAGGGUGAUAAGAACGAAAAGAAGGGCCAGUAG